AGUAGGCUGUCAAAACGAGGGCCAAAACCAGUGUGCAUAACGUAUCCACAAUCGACUGGACAUGCUCAACUGUAAAAUCGUAAUUACGAUCUAUCUGGAUUCCACUUUGUGAGGAAAAGAUGUACGCAUUUUUUCGUUCAUUUCCUAUCCGAUCAAGGUCUGUGUGAACUUGGUUGUAGAUUACACACAUUUAGUAGACAUUGAACAAGCCUGACCAGUUUCAGUAGACUUGAUCGUGUCGUAGUGAUAGGUGUUCAGUUAGUGAAGUGAUAAAACGCUGGUCGUAAAUUCAGUUAUAACCCACUACCAAACUAUCAGGAAAUAGAGACGUUACGAGAUGGAUAACAUCUGUCCAACUUCAUUUUCAGUUCAUUAGGUUUGUAAACAACCCAGUAUUGGUGGUUUUCUGGAUAUUUUCUGCUGAUUUUGUUAGACUGAUUGAAUCUGUGGUGAUCAGAACUUACUGGAAUAUUAUCACGUUGGGAAUUCAUCAUUCAACAUUGCCAGGGUUUGAAAUCCCAGUAGCUUCCCAGAUUUCUCCCAGCUUUGUAACUUUGUCUCAAAACUGUCAUGAUGAAAUCCUCCAUGAUGGUAUCAUUCAUCAUUAAUCUCUUAAUAGUACACUUAGCUUUCGGCAACAGCUACAUGGGUAGUCCCCAGAUGGAGGACCGAACGUCCAAGAAAUUGAAACUUUAUUACGAAUCUGAGGUGCCCUUGUACACCGAUAAUCCAAACUACCCCAGCUCCGAUUCCAGGCAGACGAUAAUUCCAAUCAAUAUUGCAAUGAUUGAUGCGGACUACUGGUGGGAUGCGCGAACAAAAACUGAAAAGGUAUUCGUGACGACACCAAGACAGAAACCCUAUUGGAGUGCACUUCUCUUAAAAUAAAAUAAAUUUAAAGACUAGAGUAGGAUCUCUAACUCAAACUCUGCAGGAUCUAGGAAUCUUGGAAAAUCUCGAUGAAAUACCGGCCGCUUAGAACGAUUCAGAAACUGUUU